AUGGACUUCCUCAAGGCUGCUUACGUGUACACACUGGGUGUGCCGAAGGACGCAGCUGUCCAUCUCACAGGUUUGUCAUUGAAGGUCAUCGACAUCUUCUGGGCAUGGUUACGUUUCGUUUGUGCCUUCAACGAAUAUAGCCUGGGUGAAGCUGCCACUUUCGAGCUUGAAGAGGUCGAGACAGAUCUGACUCAUUGUGGCAAGAAGAAGAAGGCGGACAAAGUGCAGCAUGUGGGCCGCAUGCUGGUCUUUGCCUCCAGGUCAGUGGACCCAGCGACUGGCAAGAGAAAACGACCUUCUUGGGUGCCUUUGAAAGACAAAACUGUCAAGGCUGGUGCCCCUCCACCGCCUGAUCACUAUGAUGAGGUCAGUGCCCCUCUGAACAAGAAGCUCAAGUCUUGUGUGCACCAUGUCGAUGGUGCUCAAGCUAACAAGAAGGCCCAUAAAAGGGAUGAGCCUUUGCAGGGCCAGCCUCUUCUGGAUGUGAAUCACAGCAAGAAGCAAUUCAGUCGAUUUGCCAAAGUGCCACUGAAGGAGGUUGGAGCCAAACUGGCUACACACUUGGCCAAGCGAAAGUCCAGCAGCAAGACAAGUGCCAGGUUCCGAGUUUCAACUAACAGAGCUGAAGCACUUGCAGGACAAAACAAGGUCAUGAUGAGAAGGAUGGCUGGUGGCAAGCUGCCAUCUCGGGCACACAAAGCUGCAUCAUGGUUGGCUGCAGCUCACUUGAGGAGAAGCCCAGGCUAUGAGGCACUGAGCACGUCUUUCGGGGUGUUCUUCAAGACUUUUCUUGACACAGGGGAUCCAGUCACAGUGCUGGAUAGAGCUCAGGGGUGGCUGAAAGCCAAAACCACGGACCUCGAGGAUUGCUGCGACGACUCCGACAGCUGA